GAGGACCUGGAGCGGCUUAAGCUCUAUGAUGACGGUCUGGCGUGCGCCGUUACUGCAGGGCAGCCGCACGAGACCGAGACCUACCUGAUAAAGUCUCGCCGCCGCCGGACGCCCCAGGCAUGACUUCAGCAAGACCUUGUUCCAGUUAAACUCGAGAUAAGAGUUCUUAAAAGUGCCUUGAACAGAUUUAACCUCAUUGCCACCAGUAUGACACCACUUCCUUCCAAAUGUGUGCAAGAACUUCUGCUAACGGUCGCUUUGUCUGUGGCCUCUUCCUGGUCUAAUGACUUUGUGUACCAUGACUAUUGUAUUAUUGGGGCUGGUCCCUCGGGCUUGCAAAUGGCCUAUUUUCUCCAACAUGCUGGCCGGGACUAUGUGGUCUUUGAACGUGGCCAUGCACCAGGCAGUUUCUUUGCCUUGUAUCCACGUCACCGCAAGCUCAUUAGUGUCAACAAGCGUUACACAGGCAAAACCAACAGCGAGUUCAACCUUCGCCAUGACUGGAACUCGCUACUGAGCCAUGAUAGCCGACUGCUCUUUCGACACUACUCCCGUGACUUCUUCCCUGAUGCUGAUGCCAUGGUGCGUUACCUGGCAGACUUUGCUUCCAUGCUAGGUCUCCAAGUGCACUAUAACACAUCCAUCACCCAUGUGAUAAUGGAAAAGGACGCCAAGGCAUGGAAUGGCCAUUACUUCAUCCUAACUGACCAGAAUGCUCUGCUCUAUAAAUGCAGUGUACUUUUGGUAGCCACGGGAACAUGGGUUCCCCAUGAAGUGAACUUCCCCGGUUCAGAAUAUGUUGAGGGCUACGAGUCUGUAUCCGUUGACCCAGAAGAUUUCGUUGGCCAGUCCGUAUUGAUCCUGGGCCGAGGGAACUCUGCCUUCGAGACUGCAGAGAACAUUCUGGGUGUCACCAAUUUCGUACACAUGGUGAGCCGUUCUCGGGUUCGCCUAUCUUGGGCUACUCACUAUGUUGGAGAUUUGAGAGCCAUUAACAACGGCCUCUUGGACACGUAUCAGCUGAAGUCUCUGGACGGACUUCUAGAGGGGGACUUGGAAGACCUGGUUCUCGUCAAGGACAGAAAAGGGAAGCUGCACAUUACCCUCCGUUUCUACCUGGAGAACAGCAAUAGCAGCGAAGCAGAGUCUGUCAUCCUUCCGCAGGAUGAGCUGGACAACUUUGCCACUCGGGCGCCUUACGACCGGGCCAUCCGCUGCCUGGGUUGGAAGUUUGACUUCUCCAUAUUCAACAAGUCUGUCGGGCUGAUGAAAGGCAAAGGCAGCAAGAAGAAGUAUCCUUUGAUCAAGCCCAGCUAUGAAGCUAAAGCUACUCGGGGUCUUUUUGUUCUGGGCACUGCAAGUCACUCCGUUGACUUCAGGAAGUCCGCUGGAGGCUUUAUUCAUGGGUUCCGGUAUACAGCCCGCACAGUUCAUCGCUUAUUAGAAGUCCGUCACCACGGAGUGCCCUGGCCGUCUUCCAACCACCCCAUUAUGCAACUAACGAACGCCAUUGUCAGGCGAGUGAAUGAGGCUUCUGGCCUCUACCAGAUGUUCAGCGUGCUUGCGGAUAUCGUCCUACUGAAAGAGAAUGCCACAGAAUUUGAGUAUCUGGAGGAGUAUCCCGUUGGGGUCCUCCAAGACCUGGAAUGGCGCACAGGGAGAAAAGUUCAGAAUGGGCUUUUUGUCGUUGUGAUGGAGUAUGGGAAGAACUUCUCCGGGCCUGACAAGGAUGUCUUCUAUUAUAACCGUGCAGUGGGAGAAGCACAGCACGCUUGGCAGUCCAAUUUCCUGCAUCCUGUCAUUUAUUAUUACAAACGCCUCCCCACUGAACGCGAGAUGAGACUUCGUCCCCCAGACUGGCCCUUGCCCCGGCCAGAUGCCAUCCAUCACAUUGUGGAGGACUUCCUAACAGACUGGACUGCUCCAAAUGCCCACAUCCUGCCCCUGAGGCGUUUCUUGGAGAAUUGCCUGGAAACUGACCUGCGCCGAUUCUAUGCAGAGUCCUGCUUCCUAUUUGCCCUCACUCGCCAGAAGCUGCCUCCCUUCUGCCAGCAGGGAUACAUGAGAAUGCAGGGGCUCAUGGGUAAUGAGAGGCUUAGGCGUCAUGGAAUCGAAGCAGGGCUGCUUGAGGACUAUGCUGCUGUGGACUUCCCAAAUGAACAGAAGGGUGGCAGUAUACAAUCACAUGACCAGCUACUGGAGGAUCACAUGAUACCUAAUCCCCAACUGCAGCAUCUCAUAAUUUCCAGGGAUGAACUUUAGCCUUCCCUCUGAUUAUAUCACAGCCCACAUAGCUUGUGGUCAUGUUACCACAACUCAGAUCUGCAGAGGGCCUCCAGCCUCCAUGAUGUGCACUUGGGUUCCUACCCACUUCUUUAUAGGGGCCAUGACUUGCCAAAGACUUGUGUAGAUCUGCGUUGAUUGAUGGAGAACUGAAGGCUUUUUACAGGAUUAGUGAGGGGCGACACUCACUAAUGCCGAGGCUCCUGUCUUUUGCUCCUGUCACUGCUGUUGCCUGCUGAUGGUGUUGCAUUUCUAGAAUAUGGACCAGUCUCCAGUUUAUCACAAGGGAGAAAAAGGGACACACAGAUAACUCACUAUGAAUUUUUGAUUGCAUGUUUUGUGUUGAUUCACAAGAGGAGUCAUUGUUCAUAGAUGCUGUGCGUACUGUGUUCUUGCAUAUACUUUCAGAUUUGUAUAUGCAUGAAUUUACCACCAGCUUGGUGGAAUUGGCUGGAUGAGAGAUUAAUGAGAUGCUGUGUUAACGUCUAGAGUAUCGAAAUUGUAUGCAUUGUUUACAAGAGAGAGAAGAGGGAUGUCUCAAGGGUCUGUAAAAAUGAGCAGCUAAGCCUGAUUCCCUUUGUACCAAGUUUGUCAAAAUGCAUCACUACCAUAGCCUGUUCUGUGGAACUGGUAUUCUUGUGUACCAGCUUGCCCCUUUCAAGAGGGAGAGUUCCUGUUUCCUUAACACAAUGACCUGGUUUGCACAACAGAACAACCCACCAGGACUUAAUUUACCUGCAGAGGCUUGUUGUGUUGUGUGAACCCAGGUGACGGGUUGUUUGAGGGUUAGACAAUCCUCAAAUAACCCGUGCUGCCUGGGUUCACAGACAUGGCAAGCUGAGUGUCCACGGGCACCAUGUAAAAAUGGCACCCGCAGGUGCCUGACAAUGCAACAACCCCUGCAGGUAAAUUAAGCCACAGUGGGUUGCCACGUCAUGUGAACCAAUUCACUAUCCUUUUUGCACUAUUCCCCCUUAUAAAGCUUCCUUACUUCAGCUCAGUCAGAUGAAAUUGUAUUUCCUAUUGUAAUUGUGUUUUUUAAUAUCCUUUUUUAAAAAAAAUUUGAAGGCAAGAGUAGGUAGGGGAAAAACUAACUGCACUUUAUUGCACCCCCUAUGUCUGGUGCACACACUUCCCUCUCUUCUAGCAAGUUGGGAGAAACAAACUGGAAAGGGUACACACCGAUCCCUUACCUGUAUUAUUAUUCUCUCUCACAGCUGGAAAGAAUGGCCUUUAUAGCCUUUCUCCUUCUGCACGUACUUCCUAGAUAACAUCUUUAUAGCAGCUGGUGCUCCCUCCCCUCUCCCCCUGCGACCAAGCAGUGAUCCACUUUAGAUCCCUUGUUCAUCUGUAAAUACUUAACCCCUUUUCUCUCCUCUACCAUUGGCUCUUGACAGUGGGGCUGAAAGGGGGUCUCUGGUCAAAUAAUGCUGCUGCAAAUCAGAACUCUUGCUGGCAACAUGGACCAAUAGGGGCUGAUGCCGUCCGUGAUGAGGAGAGGGCCCGCAGCACUUGUUAGAGCAGAAGAUCCCAGAUUGCAUCUCUGCCACCAUCAGGUAAAACAUUCUCAAGUAGCAGGGUACCCUGAGAUCUAGGAGGGGCACAGACAGUCUUCAUCAACAUGUGGCUAUUCUGGCUGGGGAUGAUGGGAGUUGUAGUCCAACACAUCUGGAGGGCACCAGGUUGAAGGAGGAUGGAGCAGACAAUACUGGGCUUCAUAGACCAAGAGCCCGAUGGUAAAUAGGAACUUUCUGUGCUCAUAUUAACAAAGCUGUUGUAGGAGUUUAGCUGAGCCAGGAAUAUCGUUCAGAAAGGGUUAUUAUUAUUAUUAUUAUUAUUAUUAUUAUUAUUAUUAUUAUUAUUAUCCUGCCUUUUGCCCAAUCUUGCAAAGAAGCUCUACUUACCAGGCAGCUUCUAACACUCGCCAUGUCCUUAGCACUUUGGGGCCUCCUUGAUCAACCUGGAACAUGUGAAAAUUAUGCAAAUCUUUCAAAUAGGAAGAUUUGAAUUCCUUGCCUACAAGGUUAGAAGCAGACUCACUACAUGCAAUAUUAUAUUCUCUCCUCUUGUACGUCUGUAAUUACUCCAAAGAAGGUAUUGGUUGCAUGUAUUGCCUUUAACUGUUUGUUUUUAAAAUGGUGUUAAAAGGGGCAUUUUUCCUUCAUCUUUCAUCUGAUUAUUUUCACACAUGUAGUAUUUUCUAUGUUUAUUUUUAGCAGUCACAAUGCCACUGGUGAUAUAAAAACACACAGCAGCAGCUCCAAUGUUGUGUCCAUAAGCAAAUCAGGUCCCAAUCUUGUCCCUCCCCCUAUGCUUCCCAUGGAUCUUCUUUCUUUUUUUUUUACUGGUGUACAUGCAUAUCCUGCAUCUUACACAAAACAAUAAUGGAAAACUUUCUCCCACCAUGGGGGAGGGGGAGAGUUGUUGGUGAUGUCACAAAUACUAGCCAAUAUGUGCCAAUCACUGCCAUAACAGCAUCAGAACCAUUUCCCCCCAUAGUUUGCCCCAGUGUUUUUAGAACAGUGAGGACUAUCAAGCUGCCUCCAUGACUCUUACCACACAUUACAUCUGUCUUCAUUCUUAACUAGGGACUCUGUCUUCAUUGUCCAGAUUUUGCUGCUGUUUCCUAAAUAUAUGUGAUUGAUACAGCUGAUAGCAUAAGUGGGAUUAAUUCUGUCCAGGUUUAACAGAAUAGCUAAGGAAGCCACAGUUUCAGUAUGGCAGAUGCUCAAAUUAAUACAAAUUUCUCACUGCCUUUCAUGGUUAGGGCUGGAUGGAUAUUGCAAAAUCCUUGGUUUUGGGGCAAAGCCAGGGUUCCCAGAUGUAUGGUCAUGCAAGACCUUCUUCAGAAGUUCAGGCUUUGCUGCUGCUCAACAGGCAGAGAUGCUAUCUGUCCAUUUGUCAAGCUACCAUCUACUAAGUAGUUCAACAUUCCAUUGGGUUUUUUUGUCUGUGCCUGUAUUGUAUGGAAGACCCCUGAGCUGCUGCGGUUUUUGUUUUGUUUUGUUAAACAUUUUACAGAACAGUAUUUUUAUUAACUUAUUUUAAAUAUUUGUCAUGAUCAAAUGAGUAAGUAUUUUAAUGUUGUUGUAUCAAAAUAUGUUUUGUAUGGUUGUAUUAUUUGGAUGAACUUUUAAAAAAAAUGUUUUUAAGUCCCAA